AUGGAAAAUUGUGAGUAUAUCGAGUUCGGCCUCCCAGGAUCCGUGCUGUACCGGGGCUUUCUCCUGUCCGACCCUCCCACUUCCGCAAAGUCGACUUCCAUCAUCCAAUCUGGGCGAAGUCAGGACGACACCGUGAUUCUGCAUCCAAUCUCCACGUGGAAUGACGUUCCAAUUCGGCCUGCUGACUCAGCUUCAUCAUCAGAUGACGGUAGCGGCCUUGCUGGAACAUCUCAGCCGUCAAUCAACCAGCGUCCUAUUGGCAAGAGAAGUUGUGCAACGGCAGCCGCGGCUGUGAAUGGGCUUAUGGCGGGCGACAGCAUUGCUAUGGUUUGCUGCACACCCCGUAACUCGUGGGUGCAAAUCGAGGCAGCUUAUAACGAGGCGUGUCACCCUCUGCGCGUUCGCCAGGUGGACGGGUUACCCGCUCAUUACAGUCACAAUCUCGAUUGGAACCUCGGGAUCAUCCCGCAGACGUGCUCCUGCCGCCAAGGGGACAACGUCAGAGGGGAUCUUCAGUCCCAAUCUGGCAAUGGCAAGUCGUGCGACAACGCGGGUGACAAUGAGUGUGACAAGGCGUGCGACGGCGCGUGCGACCAGCACGCACCAUUGGAGGUGAUCGAAAUCGGGAGCGGGGAGGCUCGAGUGGGGCAGGUGUAUCUGGUGAAGCCGCUGCUCGCGUUCCUUGUUGUCAGUCCCGAUCUGAAAUCCUCCUGGAAGAUCGUGGCCGUUGAUUCGUCGGAUCCGAUGGCUGCGGCGCUGCUGGAUUCGCUAAGUGGUUACCCGGUUUGGCUGGAGGCGAAGCUGCUCCAAAUCGUGGAGUGGCUGAAAUACUACAAGUGUAACACCGUGUUCGAUCCGCCGAGCACCAUCGCGGGUCCAGUCCCCUCCUGCCCCAGUUUCUCUUUCCCUCCCUUGAACCCCCCCCCUGGUAUGCCUUCUCCCCUGCCCUCUCCCCUGCCCUCUCCCCGGCCUUCUCCCCUGCCCUCUCCCCUGCCCUCUCCCGUGCCCUCUCCCCUGCCCUCUCCCCGGCCUUCUCCCCUGCCCUUUGAUACGAGCUCUGGCUCCGAUAACUUAGCCAGAGGAGGGAAGUACGAUAUCCACCGGUCUGUAUCCGCCCACACCGAACAGGGGGUCCAGGAACCCGCUGGGAAGGCCAAAAUCUUUGAGAGGUCGGAAACUUUUGAGAAAUCUGAAAGCUCUGAGAAGUGCGGGACGGACCUGCUGCUGCUGGACACACCAGAAGAGCGCAUCCCAUUGCCACAGGCUCACAGGGCAGAAGCCCAACAGCCGACAACGCCCAAGUCGCCCAAAACGGGCAAAACGGCCAAAGGCGACAGCAUCUUUCGCGCUGGGCUGGGGAUGUUGAUACCAAGGGCACGCACUGAUCUUGAGCUGACGGUCCCUAGUGGGGGGACGGAGCGGCCCAGCAACCCCCCCAGAGCAGGCAGUAAGCCGCCCAAGUCCCCCAUAGCAGGCAGUAGUAAGCAGGGACCGGCGUUGAUCCCAAGGGCACGCACUGAUCUCGGGCUCAUGACCGUUGGUUGUGGCGACAGCGGCAGCGACGGAGGUGAUGUUGGUGGGAGGAGCAGGAUGGUGAAAGCAGUGAUGAAGCUGUUUGGGAAGAGCCGGGGGAACGGGCAGAGCCAGAGUAGCAUCAGCCCGCGGAACAGCAACAGCCUGCAGGGAGCAUCUGAGAUGGAAUCACAUGAACCACAGGAAUCACAGCGAGCAUCAGCAGCAGCAGCGGUGGUGCAGCAUGAAUCCCAGGCAUCACAAGAAUCACAUGAACCAUGGCGAGCAGCAGGGGCAGCAGCACAGGAAGGGCAGGAGGCUCAGCCAAGGCCCGUGUCUCUGCUCCCUCCCAAGAGCCCCAAGAGUCCCAAGGUCCCUCGUGGCUCACGCGCCCGUGCACAUGGCCACAGGCGCGCCCAUACGUGGUCAGAACAUCUAGAGCUGCUGCUGCCGGAUUCACAGGAGUCACAGGAAUCAUUGGAAUCACUGGGAGGAGCAGCACAUGUGCAACGGGGAGGAGGAGGAGCAGCAACAGCAGCAGCAGCAGCAGCAGCAGUGCAGCAAGAACUGCAGGCUCAACAAAGGCCCGUGUCCCCGCUCCCUCCCAAGAGCCCCAAGAGCCCCAAGAGCCCCAGGGUCCCUCGUGGCUCGCAUGCCCGUGCAGGCUCACUACCCCGGCAAAGAACACCUGAGAGGCGCCGCAAUGAGUGGGAUGAGUCUCCUGCUGCUGCUGCUGCUGGUGCGACCAGGGCCUGUGGUUCUUCUCACAACGUUUGGGACGUGUCUCGUGGGGAUGGAAGCAACUCGUUGUUGGAAUUCACAUUUGAGAUGUCGCCUCCCGCAGAGCCAGGCUGCAACUCGCUGGGAGGCCUGGCUGGCUCAAUCAGCCGUGGCUAUCAUGCCGUGGAGCGGCGAGGGCGUGUGGAGUUGAAACCCGGCCCUGGAGCAGGCCAGCCAUGCACGCAACCGCCUGCUGCUGCUGCUGCUGCUGCUGCUGCUGCUGCUGCUGCUGCUGCUGCUGCUGCUGCUGCUGUUGCUGUUGCUGACACGUCUAGUGCUGCUGACAUGGCUAGUGCUGCUGCUGCAGCUGCCGCAGGGAAAGAAGGAGAUUCGUGUUCGUAUGACGAGGGAGAUGAGAGUAAGAGUGCUUCUAACGAAGGAGUGUGUAGUGAAACAAUGUCUGUGUGUGUGUCUGCGGAUGAUCCCUCAGUGGAUGCCCUAUGUGAAGAGAAUCUCGCUGGGAACGCCUCUAGGGAGAGAGCCAGCUGUAGCACUAAAGGCAGGGACAGUAGGGAUUGCUUCAAUGACAGCGAGGAAGGGAGCACGGGGAACGGCUGUAGCAGGGGAGCAGCACACAGGAGCCGCAGCAUGGAAAGGAGCAUGCAUGGCAUGAGCAAUGGUGACAUUUCAUUCGAAAGGCCGCCAGAGAGAUCCAAUACGGGUGGCAGGCGGUCGCUGCACCGCCGGAGUGCCUCUGAAUGCCCGUUCGAGCGCGCCUUUGGCCGCGCCUCCUUUGGACGAAGCCUGCAGCGCAGUGACAGUGUGGGCAGUGGGUGCAGCGGGGGCAGCGGGGGCAGUGUGGGGAGUGUGGGCAGUGCGCGGUUGGUGUGUGAGCGCAUCUUGAGUGCAUGUGACGUGUCUCCUGUGCCCAUCAUCCUCUCCUCUCAUCUGGGCAGCAUGGGGCCGCCUAGACGGGCUCGCACGGCCGAGAGACCGUCGAGGCAGAGACCUGCAGAGAGCACCUGCUGCCCCGAUUUAACAGGCCUUCCACUCCCACUGCCAUCCCGCCUUGUCCAAUCACAAGCUAUGAAAGACGCAGCAGCAGGAGCAGGAGUGGCGGAAGAAACAGCAGAAGAAGGGGAGGGAGGGAAGGAAGGGCAGGAGUCGCUUGAAUCUCGGUUGAGGCGAUGGCAUGAGAGCAUGGGUGUCUCAUCUGCCCUCUCCCUGCCCCACGCCUCCUCUCGCCCAACCUCCCCCUCACAUCCCUCUGCCAGCCUCUUUCUCCCCGGCCUGCCCCACUGGACCAAGCGGUCGCUCCCUCGCUCGCUGCGCAUCUCCCGCUCACUGCUCUCCUUUCAAGAGAGCGCCCUGCUGGAGCACCGCCAGGAGUCCGCCCUCCUGCAGGGGAGGGCUGGCAGAAACGAGAGGGGAAAAGAUGGGAAAAACGAGCUAUGGAGUGAGAUCAACGGGGAGAGCAACGAGGGGAGCAUUGAGGAGAGUAAUGAGAAGCAACAAGGGAAGAGGAGCGUGCGAGUGAGCAGCGAGAGCUCCCUUUUGUCAGCAGCAUCAGCAGGAGUAGCAGCGCCAGUGUCCCCUGGAGAGUCCAUCCGAGCGGCCGUGGCCGUCUAUUCCGCCUCUAGAGAGUUCUGGCGCCCCCCCUCCACCCCCAAGCCUGUCAUGGAUGGCAGAGCGAAGCAAGCCAAGCUGAGCCUCCCCAGGUACUCCCCCCCUAUACCACCUAUCGGGCUGGAGAAGCUAAUUGAGGGUGCAGCAGGGGGAGGUGGGACUGGGGCAGGUGAGACCGGUGGGACUGGUGGGACUGGUGGGUUUGCUGGGUUUGGUCUAUUUGGUGGUGGGGGUGGGAGUUGGGGGUUGGGAACCGGGUGGUGGGAUGCCGGGAAGGGUGAGGAAAGUGGAAAAGAAGGUCAGGAGGGGAAGGAGGAGACGGGAGAGGCGGGAUGGGCUGGAUUUGAAGGUUUGGCGGAUGUGGCAUGGGGGAUGGUAUGGGGGGAACGAGGGGGUGGAGGUGGGGAGGGGCCGAGCGAGAAGAAAGAGGGGGGCGUGAGUGAAGGUGUGGGGGAGGCUUUGCGAGGUAAAAACGAAGAACUAGUAGUGGGGGGAGGAGAGGAGAAAGGAUUGGCUGCGGGAGAGAAGCAUAGAGAGGGGGAUGAGGAGGAAGACUCAGGGCAAAUUGCAGAAGAGGGGGUGAAAGGAGGCGGUUGA